AUGGGCGGUCCGUUUGGAAUUAAUUCGAAGUACGCGGAUUCGGACUUUCAGAGGUUGUUUUUGAAGGCGUUCCGCUCUACAAAUGACGAAACCGUAGAGUUUGAGGCUGGCGUCAAGAUACUCCACUCACCGUUCACAUGUGCGGUGCUUCCAAAUUUUCUGGAAACCGACGCCUUCAGCGCAUUAGAAGACGAGGCUCGGAGCUUUCCUCUUAACCGUCGGCUAAAUGAUCUGUUUUCACUUAAUCAAAGUGGAGAUCUGAAGGCGCUCUGUAAAAGCUCCAAACUUGCUUCAAAAUUUCCACUUUUACAUCAGAUGAGACAAUUCUUGGUCGAUGAUGUGCUGAAAUGGAUGAAGGCGGUCACCGGUGCUGAUUUGGACGAGGAUGAAGUUGCCUCAACUAUCUCUCUUUACAAGCCGAAUGACUAUCUUCUCUGCCACGAUGACGAACUGGAACGUCGACGCAUCGCCUUCAUUAUCUACCUGGUUCCGGAUGAUUGGAAUAUCGCUAAAGAUGGGGGCGCUCUAGAACUCUACGAAAGUGGCCCAAGUCCUGAAUGUGCAGUGUUAUUGCCCAAUUCCGGGGACUUUUACCCUUGGAAAGUCGUUCGUUCUCUCCCUCCUGUGCGCAAUUCUCUGACCUUUUUCGAGGUCUGCUCAAAAUCUUUCCAUCAGGUGGCCGAGGUGAUUGGAAAGCGGGACCGCCUCUCGAUUCAUGGGUGGUACAUGAGUGAUCCCCUUCCACGUGUACCUCGGUCGCGUGACCCAGUCAGAAUACCUCGUCUACCUCCCUGCUUCAUUGAGGAAGAAUUGCUGUUCAAGUGGGUUCAUCCUAUUUACAUUGACACGGACCAAUUGAAGGUCAUCCGACGCCGUUUCAUUUCUACUUCGGAGAUUCGACUACCUCAGUUUUUCUGCAAAAACAGCUGGGAGCGCCUGUGCCAGGCCAUUCAAAGUGUAGAAGAGGUCGUUUGGCUUCUGGAAGGACCAAUGGACUUGAGAAACGUUAGCGUGCUGCCCUACGCCACAGAGGACGAGGUGGAGGCAAAAUUACCUCCUGAAUGUCAUGAAGUGAGGCGUCUCCUCACCUCGGAAGCGAUACUGCUUCUUCUCUCCCAAAUGACUGGCGUCACUUUACACCCCUUAGCCCGACACGGCGAGAAGGAAGUGGAGAGUCACAUUACCAAUGAAGCAAAGCGAGGACGUUUCGAAGAGACUGUGAAAACCGAGAUGACUGCCCCACGGUUCCAUCGUUGGCGGGCGGGCAUGUACACCUUGCUAGUGGACGCGGACUCGGGUGCUGUUGAUGCAACUGCGUCCGGUGUUGGAGGCGUUUCUACUUGGCGCCUGGAUCUAUUCUAUCAUAUCGGUGGCUACGGGCGCAAAGUGAGCAAGAGCGUGGAAGCAAUAGCCGAGUCAGCCACCAGUGAUAACAGCAGUGGUAUCAUCAACGGCAGCGAUAGUGACAACCAGCACUGCUGGCAAGAUAGCUGGAAUGGACAGGUCAUCUACGUUUCCAGGAAGGACAAUGAUGAGCUCCUCCGUGUGAGACCAGAGGACAACGCAUUGACCUUGGUCUACUGCGACGCCGCGGAUAGUGCGAAAUUUGUGCGAUAUAUAAAUGCUAAAGCGACACCUUUGCCGCUACCAGGGGCCUCACCCACGAUCCCUUCCUUCGCCUACGAUGUAACGCUUAGUUACUUCCACGAGGACGACUGUUCUGAUGAUGAGGGCAGUGCAACGGCUGAAGAGGAGGUGGAAUAUGAGACUUCUUUUGAUGAAGAAGAGGUGGGAGAAGGUGAAGAAGAUGAUGGUGAUAGUCAUUCUGAGGUUGAAGCUGCAAUGUGA